AUGGAUGCCGCUGGGCUUGGAGAAGCUUGUCGUCCUUCAACCUCAACUUCACCUACGUGCUAUCAACAACAACACGACCGAUUAAUACAUAGAGUCGUUAUCGUCAUAUCGAUAUCUUCGACAUCAGUGGUGUCAAACUUCAAUAUCAUUGCUCAGCUCAAACGCUUCCAGGAUAGCAGUGCUGGGCCUGCUAUCCACAAUGGCGGUGCUGAGGACAAGGGUCUGUUGAAUGAGGAGUGGGAGUUUAUUGCUCUUCUGCAAGCCAACAAGAACAUCUUCGGCCAGGAUUUCCAAGACGAGUACUACCUGCUGUCGCUCUCUGAUAAUGACUUUAUGAUCAGGAUGGACAUUUGA